AUAUUUCCAUACAAAAUAGUAGAAAAGAUACUACGAUUAAGCGCAUUGCUUUGCUACGGGUAGGCUUGCGACACUGCAGGCUUGUUCACCCAACCCAACUGAAGUGUCUAGUCCGUCCACCAAAACUGCCCCCCCCACCGCCCACAUCCACAUCCGCACCUAAUCCAACCACUCGUUCAACUCCUCCAUACCUUACCUCAACCUCACCUCUCCUCCCGACCUCGCAAGACUUUGCUUGCUCCCGCUACAAGAGGCGACGGCCCGCGCCUUGUUCCCCCUCGAACACGGUCGUUGGCUUCCCGCGCUUUAAUCACUGUUCAAGCUGGUCUGCGACGGCCAGCCUCUGGACCCCGCCGUUCGUCUCGUUACUCCAUGGGCGGCCGCUCGCCUCGAUCAAUUGAACAAUGGGAAAUGCUUGCCAGAGUCAAGUAGGUGCUGUUUUUACGUCGUAAACACAGCCAAGCGGGCUGCACUACCUUCAACACUAUAUAACUGACCAUGGCGACUUCGCGAUAUCAAACGGCCGAUCUACGACGCCAAGUCGGGUCCCCAAGACCCAAAGGACGCGGUUCGUUUGCCCUUCCAUCCCACGAUACGACACACCCCACCAUCAAAUCAACUCCAACAUGAACGCUGACCUGCGCUCUCCCAGAGAAUAAAGAUACACUAUGCCGAAACGUACUCAUUUAUGGCCAUUGUCGAUACGAGGACCAAGGCUGCGCCUUUAGCCACGAUCAGAACAAAAAUAACUCCAAUUCAGACUUGUAGGUUACUCAAACUUUUGUUUUGUUUAUUUGUUGUUUUCGGGAUGGAUGGACCCAUGAUGCGACAGUUCGCAGUACCCAAAUUCGAUCCGACUUCGCUUGGCUUAUAAAGUUACACACUUCAGCCACGAAAGCCUCACCCUGUCGGUUUAUGGUGAGUUUGUCAAUGAGGCUUACAAGUGACCAUUGUAUACACUGGUUGCAUACUUUUUCUCUGUAGACGGGAGACUUCAAUGCUGCAGCAGGAAGGACCGUAUGUCGCAUGACCUCUCCGCUCAUCGGCCGAUACUUCCUCAUCACUAAUGACUUGCCUUGCCUCGCCAACUUUACUUCAACUCUUCCAAAACACAACGCUCCCAUGUAUCAGCAACUCAUGAUACUGCAUCGCUACUUCAGACAUAUCAUUUCCAAAUAUACCACGCUCUUUCAUAUUCAAGUUGACUCUGAGCGAGCUGAUACUCCGUAUUCAGCAACUGACACUGCGAUUCCGGACCUCCAAGAUGGCUAAUGAUGAUGAAUCCAGAUCCAAGAAAGCACUCAACGUUGAAUCGCCAUCUUUCACGCCCGCUAGCGUUGGAAGUAAAAAGGCUACUUUCUCUUCACAAGCUGCCAGCGCUCCAGCUUUUACACCACGUGGCUUAGGCUCCGCCACCCCCGUUGGACCCCAAGACGGCGACAGCAGCGUCUUCAAUCCUGCAACUGUCCGCGAAUUUACCCCUAACUUUGACGUGAACAGCACGGUAUGACUGUCACUACCAAUGUCGAGACUCUUCGCUGAUUAGAUAGACUACUUCCGCAAAUGGCUCCGGCCAAGAUGGCGGGAUGUCUUAUGACCCCUUCACUGUGCCUACUAUGAAUCAAGGCAUUACUACUCCUCAGUACAAUCCUUAUGCCGAAGAUCCGGGAGCUCUCGGUGGCCAUGGGCCAGGGUACUUCCCAGCACAGAAUGCGUUCGCUGCUCCUGUUCAGCCUCUGCAACAUCACUUAUACUUCCCCGCUGGGCCACGUCGAGAUGAUUUGAUGCCAUAUCAUCGUGUUCCUCACGACUUUUUCCUGGCCGAGAAAGAUCGAAUUGAGAUUGUCAAUAAGCUUGAAGCAACUGGCCAAGUUCUCCCCAACUCGCAGUUGCCGCAACUCGACAAUUACCACAACUUGGUGCCCUUGGAUACGACCCAUCGGAAAAAUGCCAAUAUCUUCGGCUAUCCGAGCUGGGUCUACAAAGCUACUCAAACCAAGUCGGGUCACACUUACUGUCUCAGGCGAUUAGAAGGCUACAGGCUCACCAACGAGAAUGCCAUCAGGCUUGUCAAAGAGUGGCGACGCAUCAAUAAUGGCAGCGUGGUUUCUAUCAUCGAUGCGUUUACCACCCGCGCCUUCGGGGACAGCUCACUCAUCUUUGUACAAAACUAUUUCCCCCUCUCCAAAACACUUGUUGAGGCUCACUUGACCCCAAGCAGUACCCAUGGUACACGUUUCCAAGCUAAAACACCCAUUGCAGAGAACGUCCUAUGGGGAUACAUUUCACAGAUUGCCAAUGCGCUCCAGGCUAUCCAUUCGGUCAAUUUGGCAGCACGGUGCAUCGACCCUAGCAAAAUUAUUCUUACAGACAAGGGCCGCAUCCGUCUCAGCGCAUGCUCUAUCUUGGACGUUGUUCAAUAUGAUGCUCAUCGAUCCAUUCAAGAGCUUCAGCAAGAAGACUUCAUUCAAUUCGGCCGGUUAUUGCUCUGUCUAACGACUAACACUCUGCCAAUCCAUCUUACUAAUUUUAACAUGUCGUUGGAACAAUUGUCGAGGGUAUAUUCAGUCGAACUGAGGGAUACUGUGCUGUGGCUCCUCACCCCUCAGCAACCACCAGCACAGAAAGGCAUCGAGGAAUUCGUACGCGGAAUUGCUGGUCGUAUCACAUCCACGUUUGACCAAAAUCUUCAAGCCUACGACAAGGCCCGCGCCGACGUCAUGCGGGAGGUGGAGAACGGCAGGGUUGCCAGACUGAUGAUGAAGCUCGCGACUGUCAACGAGCGAUAUGACUUCAACGGCGAUCAGAAUUGGUCCGAAAAUGGUGAGCGGUAUAUGCUCAAACUCUUCAGAGACUACGUUUUCCAUCAAGUGGACAGCAACGGCAAUCCAGUUCUGGAUAUGGGACACAUGCUUCGCUGCAUGAGCAAACUAGAUAUCGGGACGGAGGAGAGGGUUUGUCUUACCAGUCGAGACGAACAGACCAGCUUCCUCGUCAGCUACAAGGAGCUUAAGAAGAUGCUGGCGAAUUCCUACGGAGAACUUGUCAAGGCGAGCAAAUCAGGUCGAAGCUUUUAGUCCCAGCAGGAACAACAACCUAGCUCGUGGCAAGUUUCAGACAAACACGGUAAAAGGCCUCGGCCACCGCCAGGAUUUUAGAAAAAGCCAUGCUCAGGGCGAGGAAGACAGUAUGGGACUGGAUUUGAUGGUAGAUCGGCGGGUAUUGGCCCAGCCAGUCUCGUGCAUUUUCUAUUCCCACGAGGCCAAAGUCUUAUAGAGCAACAGAAUAUUUUCCAAGGGAACAAACUUAUCAGGAGAGAGCAAGGUCUCAAAGCGAAUCAGACCAUUCACUGGGGUUUCCCGGCGAGUCACACCGAGGCUUUGAGAAGAAACCAGUACGCAACGCACAGGCAGGCCCAAGCAAGCCUUCGCCAUUGCUUGGGGAGGGAUCAAACGACGGCUUACAAGAAGGACCGAGUCCUCAGGACAACACAGAAACCCCGGCUAUCAAGAAGGAGAUGAACAUGAGAACGAUAGGACCAGAAAAACAAAGAGCACCGAUUUUUGAGAACAGUCUCUCAGACAAUCACGACAACUUGGGUACUUAUAAGGGCAUCGCCUUGGAUCACUCAGGCACUCAUGACUGGCAAUAUUGUCAGAAGAUUUCUAGUUGUGUCAUAUAACGCGAUGGGGAUUAGGACAUUGGAUGCAAUCUACAGGGUCAGGAUGGUUUGCCAUGACUGAUGAUGUUUAGACUGCGUGUGUAUAUGGAAGAGGUUAGUGGUGGUUUUGAAGCAGAGCGAGAUGAGAUAGCGAGACAGAAACAACUUAUUUGCCUUUUCAAUAUGAUAUAUUGCCUUCAUUCAUUACAAUAUUCUAUGAAGUGGCGGCUGACGUGAUGAUUUCACGUUUGGAGCCAGGGGUUUUCGUGAAAUGCUGCUUUUGAUGCCCAUACAUAAACCAAAAUUGCCAUGCUAGUAGCUGGCGAUCUAUUUGUGUCGCUCGGUUUUUUUUUUUUGGAUUUAGCCCAGCCUUGACACGGCCGUUUAUAUGGUAACCAGCUCCAGGUCGGACGUUUUGUUGUUUGCCUUUGUCGUAAUAUUCGUUUCCAGCUUGAUAACAGUUGACUCCUCAAUCAUCCUCGGCUUGCACAAAAGGGUUGGCAAUCUCUUCGCUGCCGUCGACUGGGCUAACGAGAACAAGGAGGGUACCUCGAACAACUACGAGGCCGAGGGAUCGAGUCGAGUCGUUUCCUUCGUCGUCUGUAGUCAUCGUGUUAGUUGCGAGUACCCAGCCAGGAACGAACAGAAUAUGGAUCAGGAGAUGGUUUGUAGGAGUCGCG